AUGGCGCCAACGAGGUUCUGUGGCGAGACGGUUCAGUCAGAGUUGGAGGCCAUCCUUGCAAGCGGCCACCGGCAAGUGGCAGCCCGGAUUGCGCUGUAUUGCAGCGAGCUGGUGGAGGCCGCCCGAGAGGACGAACGGCAGCAGCUUCGCGACAGGCAAUUAGCAGCCGGCGCUGAUGGACGUUCAGCCGGACAGACGGGUGACGUCACAGGCUUACGUCCUUCGCCAGAGGCUUCGCAGAAGUUGGAGCAGCAGCCCACGUUGGAUCAAUUCCAUACGGACCGCGCAACUGACAGAGACUGCGAGUGGAUCCUGCGCACGGCAUUUUCCAUCAGAAACAAGGUGAUCCAGCGGGGGAGAGUCGAGGGCGCUGCGGAUGCUGGGGAGGCGCAGGCUACCCGCAGCCGCGCUGUCUCAAUGAGUAAAAAGCAGCAGCCGGCAGUCCUGGAUCCUAAUCUCGUCGAGCGGAUCAGCUUCUUCAGGCGCAUGGUGCAAUGUGCGAUCAGGCUCUGGCAGGAGACCUUGCUGGAUGACACGCCUAGCUUGUCUCGAAGUGCGACCGUCUGUCCGGGCGUGCUCCAGUCGAAGGCCGCGAAACUCUCCGCCAGGAUAGAUGAGAGCGAAAGCCCACAUGCUGCAGCAGGCGGACAAAGCCCGUACCGACAUCUCAUCUCGUCCAGCUCCAUGCUCUCUGCGAAAAACCUUGAGCUUGAAGCAGAGCCUACCGGCGACAGGACAGUCGCGUCAUCGGGGAAGCCUGCGACGCCAAAGAGCCGAAGAGAGCUCCAUGAGGAUUUGGGGCGAGAGCUGGAGCAGCUUGCUAAGGAUCUGCGCAACGCCCAGAUCAUCAAGUCCUACUGA